CCUCCUCUGCGCGCUCCUGGCUCUCGCCUGGAUUAACUGCGGCGGGGCGGUGGAACUCAAAAAGUUUGCCCGAUUUAGGCGCACAAGAGCCGGCUUUGGGGUUCAGAGAGCUUCGGCGCGCGAUUCUUCUGGAUAUUCUUUUUAUUUGACUAGUUUUUCUUUUGCAGCCUAGCCAUGGAGACUCUAAGAGGUCUCCUUGCGCUGCUGUGCGUCCUCCUGGCCGCAGCGCAAACGCAGAUCCAAAGACCCAGGUCGGCGGAGUGUCCCGUUGACCUUUUCUUCGUGCUGGAUACAUCCGAGAGCGUGGCCCUCAGACAAAAACCUCCCAACUUUUACAUCGACCAGAUCAAGGAAUUCACCAAGCGCUUCGUCGAUGAGCUGAAAGACAUGCGCCACCAAUGUGACCGCUACCUGACGUGGAACUCGGGAGCGCUGCACUACAGUGACGACGUCAUCUUGGUGCGAGAGCUGAGUGAAAUGAGCACCGAUCGCCAGGCCCUGAAGAACGACAUUGACACCAUCAAAUACAUCGGCAAAGGAACCUACACCGACUGCGCCAUCAAGAGGGGUCUUGCUGAGCUGCUUGUCGCGGGCUCACACUACCAUGAGAACAAGUACAUCGUGGUGGUGACUGACGGCCAUCCCAUUACUGGCUACAAGGAGCCAUGUGGAGGCGUGCAGGAGGCCGCCAACGAGGCCAGGGUGCACGGCGUGAAGGUGUUCGCUGUCGCCAUCUCGCCUGAUCAAGAGGAUACCAGACUUUCCAUCAUCGCUACGGACCAGAACUACAGGCAGAACUUCACCGCUGCAGAUGACUCCAGAACCACCAAGAUGGGAACCAUUCGAACCAUCAUCGACAUGAUCACAAACGAGACCAAGGACGUGUGCUGUUCCUUUGACUGCAAUGCUCCAGGAGGCCCGAAAGGACCAACCGGAGUCCUCGGUGGCAAGGGAGAAACUGGCAGGCCUGGAAUGCCCGGAGAGAAAGGAGAUAUUGGCAACAUGGGCAGCGUCGGAGACCCAGGUCCUGUUGGGUACAGCGGAAUGAAAGGUGACCGAGGUGGUCGAGGCGAGAAGGGCGAAAGAGGACACAAAGGCUACAAGGGCGACAAAGGUCUACGGGGAAAUGAUGGAGUCGAUGGACGCAAGGGUGAAGCUGGUUUCCCUGGUCUUUCUGGCUGUAAAGGCACCCCUGGAUCAGAUGGUCUUCAGGGGGAUUCCGGACCAAAGGGAGACGCUGGUCCUUAUGGACCCAAAGGAGACAAAGGAGAUUCUGGAACAGAUGGAGAACCAGGAAGGCCUGGAAACUACGGGCCUUUAGGACCUCAGGGUGAUCGUGGCCCCCGUGGAGGUAACGGGGACAAAGGCGAGCGUGGCGAUGACGGAGCACCAGGGCCGGACGGACCUCGUGGCGAAAUAGGGGGAGUCGGAGAGAAGGGCGAGCAAGGUUCCCGCGGAAACCGAGGACCCAGAGGCGAGGCGGGGGAGCCGGGACCUCGUGGAGAGCAGGGGAGAGAGGGCUCAACUGGCCCCAACGGAGACCCCGGUGAGUCUGGCAGGGACGGUUCUCCUGGAUACAGAGGGGAUGAAGGCCCUCCUGGACCAGAGGGACCCAAAGGACCACGAGGAAUCAAAGGAGCUGCCGGAGACCGGGGCCCGAUGGGAGCCCGGGGAGUGGAUGGUGUCCCAGGAAAUGGUACUGCCGGUUGUCCGGGCUUCCAGGGUUAUCCCGGGCCCCGCGGAGACUCCGGCGAGCCUGGUGCCAAGGGAACCCCCGGACCCAAAGGAGAUGACGGAGAUCCCGGCGACCCCGGCCCUGAUAACAGCCAACCGGGGCCUGCAGGACCAAAAGGAGCCAAAGGUCACCGAGGACCCGAGGGAAGAUCGGGACCUUCUGGCCCUCCCGGACCACCAGGAACUGAUGAAUGUGAAAUUCUGGACAUCAUCAUGAAGCUUUGCUCAUGCUGUGAAUGCAAAUGUGCAACCCUGGAUCUGGCCUUCAUCGUGGACAGCUCGGAGAGUAUCGGCUCCACAAACUUUGCACUGGCCAAGGACUUCAUCAUCACCGUUGUAGACCGAUUGAUUAAAGACCAGCAGGUCAAGUUUGCAGGUAAUGAGUCCAGAGUGAGCGUGGUGCAGUACAGCGGCGCACGAGCCCAGGAGGUCGUCCAACUGGGAAGCAACAUUGGGACGCUCACCGAGUUUAAACAGGCUGUGAGAGAUCUCCGCUGGUUGGCCGAGGCCACCUACACGGGCGAGGCUCUGAACUUCGCUCUGGAGAACACCAUCAAGCUCAUGAGGCAGGAGAACCGAGUGGUUCUGGUUCUCACCGACGGGCGCUCGGAUAUUCUCAGGGAUAAGGUUCCUCUCAACGUCCUCUGUGGUAAAAACAUCCGGGUGGGAGGUUUGGGCGUGAAGGACUACUCGGGUCGUCAGCCCAACCAGGAGCAGCUGGGAGAUCUGGUGUGCAAAAGUGACCCCAAACCGGGAUUCUCUUUUGUCCUGGACAACUUUGCCGAGCUGCUCGAUGACGCCUUCCUGCAGAACCUCACAUCUAGGAUCUGUCAAGAUAAGAAGUGCCCAGACUACAAGUGCCCAAUCACCUUCUCUCAGAACAACGACAUCCUGGUGAUGAUGGACAGCUCGGCCAGCGUGGGCCAGAAGAACUUUGACCUGAGUAAGACCUUCGUGCACCGGCUGGCCGAGCGCUUCCUGGGCGCGCAGAGGCAGCGCGGCGCCAACGUGCGAGUGGGCCUGGGCCAGUACAGCCGCAGCGCCCGCCGGGAGCAGGACCUGACGGCCAACAUGACGCUGCUGUCCUACCACAUCAACAACGUGGCCUUCCAGAACGACGGCACCAACCUGCUGGAGGCCAUGGACUUUGCCACCAAGACCCUGGAGAGCCGCGGCGACUCCGGCAACAAGAAGAAGGUGGUGCUGUUCUCCGACGGCCGCUCCCAGGCCGUCACCGAGGCCGUGCUGGAGAAGCGCGUGCGUGAGCUGGCGGACACCGGAUUGGAGCUCUUCGUCAUCGCAGUGGGCAGCCAGGUGAACGAGGCCAACCUGCGCACGCUGGUGAGCCGGGGGCAGCGUGACAACAUCAACUACGCCCAGCGCCACCUGUUCCGCGUGGCGGACUACCCCUCCCUGCUCCGCGGGGUCUUCCACCAAACCGUCUCCAGAAGGGUGUCCAUGCCCUGAGCACCAGGAACUUUAGAUGUUUAGCCCCAUUAUGAAUAGUCACUCAUUUACCAUACACUGUUUUUUUUUCUUUUUGAAGGAAUGUCUCCAAACAAAGCAGGCAGAAAUAUAUUUUGUUUACUUUUUUUUCCCACCGGGAGGACUGUCUGAGGGUCCGUAACGGAAUGAUAGCCUAAACCAUGUUUGGAUUUUGAACCGAGGAAAAUUGCUGCCUUUGAGGUCUCAAUCAGGGAUAAAGUUCUCCCGUUUGUUGCUUUGCCCGAAUCAGAUUGGAGCUAAAAUAGCGAAUAAUUGGAUCAGCUGGAAAUUUCCAUUAAAUGUUCAAAUCCGUAGGAA